GAAUUUUCAAUGGAUUCACCGCGGCGUAUCGGCAGCUCAUCCGUGAAAAAGAACAAGCGCAGAUACUGCUGCGUUAAGGAUUGUCACAACCGCGAAGGGGAUGUCGGAAUCAAGUUGUAUCGCUUCCCUUCAAGACCGUGGGAAGCAACCCGUCGGCUGAAGUGGAUCGUCGCGGUUCGGCGCGUCAACGGUGAUGACCUCUCACGUUGGAGCCCGAACGACAAUACAAGAAUAUGUUCAAGGCACUUUGCCAACGAAGAAAAAAGCACCAUCGAAAAUCAUCCGGGUUACUUGCCAACAAUAUUUCCACCCGUCUACAAGAAGCGGUCGACGGCUCCUGCUGCACAGAUUUCUAGGUUCAACAGGUGGAUUCACAGAUCUGUGGCUUUGGCUACUGCAGCGCCUUGUGCGGCAGAAGUUGUGGAAUGUGGUGCUGAAGAUGCCAGCAGCAGUGCCAUCUCUGUACCAGCCGAAGUGGUUGAUGACUCUAUAGAUGCAGCGGGGUGGGAUGGCCUGUACCUGUUAUCUGCUGCCGCUGAGGUCCACGUAGCAGCUAGAUCAAUGGAAACUCAAACAUCAGAGACGAGCAGCGCAACCAGCAGAUUUUCAGUGUUUAUUUGCUGCGCUGAAGGCAACAACCUAUCAACGCAGAUAACCCAUGACGAGACACGCGACUGUGAAGUGCAGCACACUCCCAACGUUGCCAGCAAGCACAGUGGUCCAGACCAUCGGACAAGCUAUUUUGCGGGCUACGAAAGCGUUUCAAAGAGCACUAGUGCUCUUGAGGACUUAUGUAAUGUAAAUCGGGUGGUGUUUGCCCUGCUCUUGAGUGUGUUUCCGGUCUCCACAGAGCGCAAAUGUGAUGUAUCUAAAGAAGACCGGCUGCUGCUGUUUCUAAUGAAACUAAAACUUGGCAUCAGCUAUUCAUCUCUGGCUACCCUGUUCAGCAUUGGCGAAACAUCAGCCUCACGGCAUUUCAAAAGUGUCCUCAAAACAUUGGCAUUUGCUACCAAGCAAUGGAUUUUUCGUCCUCCACUCAGAGUUAUUCAGGCUACCAUGCCAGACUGUUUUAAAGCACAUUAUCCAGACUGCACAAUGAUAAUUGACUGCACAGAAAUCCGCACUGAGCAGCCACCAACUGUUCAGCAGCAGAGGACUCUGUACUCGCAGUAUAAAGGCGGGUACACUUUGAAAUUCCUCGUUGGGGUUACACCCGGCGGGAUGAUUUGUUUUCACUCGGAUGCAUAUGGGGGAAGGGUGUCUGACACACACAUUACUGUCAAUUCUGGUUUCCUGGAUGUCAUUGAGGCUGGUGACAAAAUACUUGCUGACAAAGUAUUUCCCGGGAUACGCACAGUUAUGGGUGAACAAAAUGCUGUGCUAGUCAUGCCCCCAUUUUUACAAGGCCCUCAGUUUAGUGCUCAAGAAGUCAGGGACACAUACGACAUUGCCCAAGUGCGAAUUCAUGUGGAGAGAAUGAUCCAGAGAAUUAAAGUGCAUAACAUCUUCAAUAACAGAGUGCCAACUGAAAUGAUACCACUCAUGACGGACGUAUUUCACGUGUGCUGUGUGCUGGCGAAUCUUCAACCUCCAAUAAUUAAAUGCAAGUAAUUCACUGAGAAUUUAGUCUAGCCUAGCAACUGCCGCAAUUAGCAAAUAAUUUUUGUCGAUAUCUGCAAAGUGGAAGAGGGUUCAGAAAACAGAAAAAUUGUAAUCCACCAGGGAGUAGCAUAACACUACUAUAUGGAAGAGCCAUAGGGGUUUCCCAGAAAAAGCUUUCCAUAAAGAAAAAUUCAUCCUAGUCUGGCGAUCAAAUCCUUCAACAAUGCCUUUCUGAGGCAGUCAGUUUUCCGGCAGAUUGUAGAGAAAAGCUGAAUAAAACACAGGUACACUGAAUGUGGCAGUUCACUUCUAUGGAAAGUCGUCAUGGUGGAGGCCUAUUAAGUGAAAAAAUUCUAUCCCCAAAUGAGGACUAAUUUUCCUUCAGCUACUAAGCUUUCCAAGAAACAUAUAUAGGUCUCCUGUGUAGCAUUGUGGUACUGUUGGAUGGCCGGCAGUUUUCUUUCAGCCAUCAUCAUCAGCCCGUUUUUAUAUCUACUGCAGGACGAAGGCCUCUCCCGGCUAUCUUCAAGUAUCUGUCUUGCACUAGUUCAUUCGAAGUUGUGCACGCAAAUUUUAUAACUUCAUCACAUCGCCUAACUCUCCGCCGUCCUCGUCUGCACUUGUCUUGGCACCCAUUCUGUAACUAAAUGGUCCACCGGAUUGCUGCCCUAUGGCCCGUGCAGCUCCAUUUUUUCUGUCUCUUAGCAUUAUGCCUAACAUUUUUUUUCCAUCGCUACCAAUCAUUUCAGUUGCAGUGGUUUGUUCCUGUACUGUCAUCUUCGUGCUUAGUUUUAAAGUGCAAACUGCUAUGAGUUCAUACCAAUAGCCGUUUCGGUUGGCGGUGCUGUCCGAUGUGAAAUGCGCGCCGCAUAGCGUCGAUAUGUGCACACUUUGCUUGCAGUUGCAUAUUAUUGUACCAGGUGGCACGCCAAGUAACGUUUCGAUAGGUACCAGUACAAGGUAGAUAAAUUUUGAGGAAGAAAAAGAAGUUUAAGGAGAUGUAUAAAAAAAUUCUAGAAUGAAUAAUGUGUACAGCAUACGUGAUAAAAUCAAGCAGUCUAGGUGACUACUUGUCCCCUCCCCAUUUCACGGGAGAUGCCAAUAAAUCACCAGC